CAUGUCCGCGAUUGUACUGUGUCCUAAAUCAUGGCCCGGGCCUUUGUACCACCACAUAUAUACCUAUAGGAAAACUAUUGGUCGGCGCGCGUAUAUCACAGUGAACGGUUUUCAAAUUGUUUUGUGUUGCGCAUAUUUAUUUCAAAACAAUUUAUAAAUAGAUUUGAUCCGUACCACACAUCCGUGACAUCUGGUAAUAUCGAAAACAACUUUCCAAGGGGGCUCCAAGAGUUGGUGUCUUACGCAAGUUGCUUUUCCUUCUAUUUCGUUCUUCGUAUAAGAACUUCAGCAUCUACCGCGGAAAGAAGUCGAAGAGCUCUCCCAGAAAGCAAGAUUAUAUCAAAGACUUCUUCCGGCACCACCAUCAACCAUGGAUUGGCCUUCCGGUUGUUCCGAGCGUCACCUAUCGUUCAUCCUUCGAAACCUUCUGAGCCUGGACGAGGUAGUAUUCGAUGAGGACCGGCAGAAGGCACGAGCAGAAGCAAGACAAAUACAGGAAAAAGGCAAAGAAGAUUUAGGGGAUAUCCUGCAACAGAUCGAGCCUGUUUCAAAAGGUUGUGAGGCAGAACAUUUGAACUUGCCCCAUAAAUACAUUGCGACUAUGAAAGAUGAAGAAAUGAAGAACUUUGAUGUUGGUUACGAUUGGGACUACAUGAUGGUCUUUAAGAAAUUAGUUCUUGGUGAGACCGUUGGAGACGCCACUGAACCGGAAGAGGCUGUCUGUCUGAUGGAACCUGCCGGAAGCCCUGGCUACCUGAAAAUCCGAGUUCCUGAUAUUGAUAAAGUUGAGAAGAUGUUUCAUCCGUUUAUUGCCAAAGACAGACCGGAUGGGAAAUUUUACAUCUUAGGAGAGGAAACAGUUUCUACUCUUACCAAAGCGAUGAUGAAGGACAAUCGGAAGCUGGACCUGGCUGUCGUGAAGGAGCCAACACCUUCAUCGGUGGGCCUUGAUGAUGUUGAUGGCGCCGAGUCCAACAAAUCCAAGGUCAACGUGUCCGUGACUGAGAACACCUUCUCUGUCCCAUGUCCCUCCUGGCCAUCAGCGGCUUCGGCCUUCUUGAUCAGGAGGCGGGUCGCACAAUGGCCGCCGGACGAACUCAUAGAAAACAUCAACACAGCCGGGUGCCAUGCCGUUCCAUUCCCUCAUCCAGACAGCAAUGAUCCAAAGAUCGAAUGGCGCCUAUCGUUCGAUGUUGCGGAGAAACUACUCGCAGACAGCCUGACGCAGCCGCAACGGAGGUGUUUCCUUAUAUUGCAAGGUUUGCUAAAGGUCCACUUGGAGCUACCGCCCGUGCUGACGUCUUCCCACCUGAAGACUGUUCUGUUCUGGUGUCUAGAGGACAAGCCAGUGGAGACUUGGGGCGAUGAAUGCCUGGCACCGUCUUUCUUCUUUCUCAUUGAUAAGCUUAUCUUUUUCCUUGUGCGGAAGGACAUUCCGAACUUCUUCAUCCCAAAGAACAAUAUGAUCAGCCACAUUCAUCGGGAUUUCGUAGACGAUAUCCUUCAGAAGGUGAUUGCCAUUCGCCAUGACCCAAUCCCUUACCUCAGACAGAUGCACGAUGAGCUACAGUCCCCAGAAUGGAUACCCUUCGACACCAUAUUCGCUCCGAUAGUUUGUGCCAUACAAGAUGAUCCGUUCUACCCUGGUGAAGACUGCAUUAGACAUUCUCUAAUGAACAUUGGUUUCGGUUUAAGCGCCCUUGGUGAAAAACGCUUCGCAUUGCCAUACUUGUCUCGUUGCGUUCGUACAGUGACCGUUGAAGAAGGUGACAGCAACCCCGUUUAUAGCAUUGACACGGGACUUACGCAAAUGAUUCAUCACACCGCCCUUGAGGUGGAUGAUCUUGACACCGCUAUUCGCUACAUGAUGUUCCUGAUGGACGUCAUUGGAGACGUACCAGCGGAGGACGCUGAAACCGUUUUUGACCUUCCGUCCAUCUUAUGCAACCUUGGAUGCUUGAUUCAUGCAAAGUAUCACCAAGAAACAAGUUCUGAACUCAAGGAGCUUCUGUUGGCGAAAGCCGAGAACUUCUUGCUCCGUUCAAUAGCCAGUGGACUUCCGUCAGCCUACUUAGAAUACGCAAAUCUGCUCUGCAGGACAAACCGAGAGCAUGACGCGGUCUUCUACCUUCAGAAAGCUGCGUCCACGUCAGGUCCAGAAGCCUUGGUUCAGUACGGUCAGAUUGAGAAAUACAACGUCGAUGAGAAUCUACGAGAACAAAUCGAAAUUUAUGGCCACGUCACGCUACCGUCGGCUGUCUACGCCACGCAUCAGCUGGUGAUGAUCAACCAUAAUCGAGGACUAAAGACGGAGGCUAGGGAACAUCUGGCCGAGCUUGAGAAGCUGGUCGCGGUGCCACUGGUCAGGAAGCAAUCUGACUCCACAGAUAUGUUGGAGGGGAUCGAUGAAGUAGAUCGUGAGGCUGAGCGCCGCGCGGAGGGCCAGAGAGUGGAUGACAUCAAGCUGGAAAUGACUGACACUGUAGACGGCAAGGAAGAUAUUGGAAAGGAAACGAAGGGAACUGAAGCAAGUGAUGUAGAUGAACCAGAUGUUGCAGACCAUGAACUUUACAUCCAGAAUAAUAUUCAGAAGUCGAUGUCACACAUCAUGACGCAUGCCUACAAAGUGGUUGGGGUGUCUGGAGAUGGUAUUGAUGUUAAGAAGGGAGGGGACGGAGGCUCAGGUGACUGGACGCCCAUCAUGCCACCGAAGUUCAAGUACAGUCUGUCCAUGUUGGACAGCAAGUUAUUUCCAGUCCUUCAGAAACACCUUGAAAAACUACAGGAACUGAAACACAUUUAUGACGAAUCCAAAAACUGCUUCAGUGAUGUUGAACAAAAACUAAAACGUCUCGCUGAUAGCGGAGAAGGAAUGACGACCAUUCUUUCCGAGGGGGACAAAAAGUUUAUAGAGAGUACUCUCACCUACAAGAGACGACCUGUGUCUAUUUUCAUGGGUCAAAGAAACUGUGGCAAAAGUACUCUAGUAAAUGAAAUCCUACGGAAAAGCUGUCUUCCGACACAUGAAAACCCCUGUACGGCUCGGAUGGUCCGCUUAACAUAUGGAUCUCCUCCAAUGGCUUCCUUGAUUGACAAGGAUGGCACUGUGAUCGAGGAGGUGCCUUGCAAGAAGCAAAAGGUACCAAGUGAACUUGUGAAUCUGAGCGAGGAGCGCAGGCGUGAUAUCGCAGAGGUUCGGAAGUUAGUGCUGGCCGAGAUUGACCUCCCCGUCUUGGAGUGUGGCGUUGACUUCAUUGACUCGCCUGGAUUCGGAGAGAACAUGAUCCUGGAUCAAGUGAUUGAAGAAUUCAUUCAGGAUGACAUUGAACCUGUCAUAGUUUACGUCAUCAACGGGAAGGAGAUGCUAAGGACUCAAGACAUUGAAGCCAUCCUUCACUUGAAACAAACCUUCCCACUCAUCCCCAUCAUAUUCGUCCUGAACAAGACAGACAUCGACAUAGAAGCUCUCAGACACGACAUGGAAGACACCAGUGAUGAUGAGCAGGAGACGGAGGAUGAGGAACGAAUUGAGCAGUCAAUCAGGGAACAGAAACGCCUUAUCAGUGAAAGAGUAAUGGCCAUCUUUGAGAAGCUAAAGAAGCCCUGCCCCGACUCGGACUUGACCUUCCUGCCCAAGGGUGCAAAGUUUGGUGAUUGUGAUUAUUUCCAUACGGUAUCGAGUUUGAGAUUCAGGCUUGCUCGCUUUGCCAAAAACACGGACCCUACUGAAAGUAAUUACCAUCACAUAGACUCUUUUUUGAGGUUUGAGGAGUCCUUCGUGAAUGUCUUCAAUCAGAACUUAGUUGUCAUGGAUGAGAAGUUGGUGACUUGUAUCAGAGUGUAUUUGCAGGGGAUGUCCUCAGUUAUGGGGCGGGCGCGUUGUGGGAUACACGAAGCCGUUGAGAACUUGCCACUGCUCACACGUAUAGCAGACGAAUCAGAGUUGCAGAUGAGAGAUCUCUUGAAAAAAAUAAUUGAUACUUCUUUGGGGGACAGGAAGUUAUUUGAGAAAGCAGUCAAAACAAAAGAUAUCAAAAACUUGCUGCUGUUUCAGUGGACACAGAUCCGGGAGGCAAGUACUGACAUGGUAAGGUUCAUGUGCAGUGCUAACUCAAUAUCCUUGAUGGAAUAUUUUGGCAUUGACGAGGAAGAUCUUGAACUUGAGAUAGCACCUAGUUCAGGAAUUGAAAAGAACGUGCAACGGUUGUGGUACGUCACCGAAGCAAGAAACCUCGUUGUGGCAAAAUUAAGUGAAAUGGUAAAUGACUACGUUGUGUCAGAAUCCAGUACAACAAUCAAUGGGCUAUUGGAUCUAUUUCUGGAAUGUCAGAAGACAUUGAGAGAUCCCUACAUCAAGUUGUUGUUAAAGAGAGCAUAUUGUAUUAAUUCUGACAACGCCAGAAACAAGCGAGGUGGAUCCUUUAGUACCAUGAUGAUCAGCACGGCUGCUUUCGGUAUGUUCAAAUCUAUCAACAAGGGAAUAGUAGAAGGCAUUGAAGAAGAACUAAAAAAGCUUUACAAAUGUUCUGAUUUGAAGAAGUUGUUACCAGGACCAAUGAUGGCUGGGAGAAAAAAAUGGCAUGAACAGUUCGCUGAUAACCUCAUUGAGUAUCUUGUUCGGAGCAGUCGAAGGAUUUCCAAACUCAUUUGCGAUCACGCAAGCAAAGAACUCGAACUGAUGCAUGUUGUGUUCAAAAUGCACAUUCGCCGCCUUGAAUCUUUAGCUGACGAUUUCAAAAAACAAGGUCGAGAUGAACUUCUAGAGAUUGGGAAACAAUUCUGUCCAAGGAUAUUCCUAUUGACUCUCAGGGCACAUGCUAUUUUGUGUCAGUUUAAAAGGGGAUCGAUACUUCUGGGCGAUAAAGUCAACGUUGGAAAGGAUGGUUCUGUGCAUAGAUGUUCUGAUGAUAUGUGUGGCUGGUGCUUCGAUCAAGUUGAUGGCUUGUACCACAGGCCAGUGGUGGCAAGGGUUGUCCAUCUGGAUACAAUGACAGAUGAGAAGAGGGCACGAUACGUCAGAGAUUUGGUCUACUUAAUAGAACUUGCCGAGGACUGCCUUGACAACUCAUACCUAGUUCGUUUCUAUGGCGUGUUGAUGCCUGGGCCCAGUACCGUGCAUAUCCUCAUGGAAGAAAUGCACAUGGACCUGCUGUCCUGGCUAAAAGCUAUGCCACGCUCAAUGUCAAAGAGGAUCCGGGUUGCUCUGCAUGUGGCCCAAGGAGUCAAAGCCAUUCAUGACAGGCAUCUAGUGUUCCUUGAUAUCAAGCCAACAAGCGUUCUGAUCGGCAGAACCGGCGACGCUAAGCUGAACAUCUGUAAACCCGAGUCCGCCAUGGCGCCAACCCCUCUUGGUGUCCCAUUCCAUCUUCACAAGAACGUUUACUCCGAAUACGAGACUGGCUACCACAACCAGUACUAUGACAUGUACGCAAUGGGUAUGCUACUAUGGGUCCUCUGCGAAGGGAGUGGAACAGCCUCGCCCUUUCCCGGCUGUAGGGACCACGAGGAGAUGUGUACUAUGCAGGAACUUGGGCAGAUUCCUUGUAACCCAGCGGGCACUCCGAGGAAGUGCUCGGAGUUGAUGGAAAAAUGCUGGAAAGAACCAGAGAAAUUAACGAUAGGAAAUGUUAUUGGUGUUUUAGAGAAAGAACUUAACGUGUUUAUGUGAGAGUCAUCAUGUGAUACUGUGAAAAAACAGUGCAUUGGUGUUCUACAGACUACAUAUGACCCGAUUGGGCACUAACCAUUCACUCAUUCCAUUUGGACUCAGUUUAUACUGAAUAUCUAAUGGAGACACUCGGCGGCCCAGCUUUUUAAAAAUAUCUUCCUACAAAUACAUCGGGUUUUAUUCUUGGCACGGGAGAAUCGGCGAUUUCAACGGGAAGUUUACCUCUAAAGGUGCGCAUACAGUGUAUUCUUUAGGUGGUGCAUGUGAUACACGUACAAUAAUUAUUAUGCAUUAACUGUAAAAAAACUAUUGUCAAAAUUUGCUACCUAGACUAGAUACAAUGCUGUAUUAUUGCUUCGACAUUCUAAUAUUUCUUGAUAAUAAAGGUGUAGAAAGACAAUUACGCUUUUUUUAACAAUAAAAAAAUUGUUCUACCGGUACAUGUAUAUGCCGGGUAAUUGCAAUACAUGCAACGCCCUAAUGUUUAACUAUGGAUGUAUUAUUAAGAAUAAUGAUACCUCCAUGGUUUAACUGAGGCAUGAUUAUUUACAGCCCGACUCUUUUAAGGCUUA